AUGCGUCACCUCCCUUCUCGGAAGAGACACCUAAAAAAGCGCGACCCUUUUGACAAUAUCGACCACGACGGCGCCGUUGAUGAUGGCGACGACGAAGAAGGUCCUCCGAUGCCACGCCCGAAAAGCGACUACAAGUUCGUAUCCAAAUGGUGGAGAGACGAAUAUUAUCUGCUCGCGGUCUGCAUUACUGCCGCCAUCGCACUGGGCAUUGUCUUCAAACACUACGACGAGGAAAUUGUCCCCAGAUUGUGGCUUGAUAUUGAUUUCGACGUCAUUAUAGUCGCCAUGUUCACCUGUAUCCGUGUAGCAAUGAGCGGCAUCGUCGAAUCCUGCAUCAGUCAGGCCGCCUGGAUCUGGGUAUCCGAAGCACGACAGGCCCGCGAAAAGGACAUGCGGGCUAGACUGGAGGACUUCAAGAUAUACGACGAGGCACACCUCGCUUGCAUCGGUGCCCUGAUUGUCAUUCUGGUUCAUGGUCUCGAGGCUUCCUCUCAGCAGUUAUAUCGAUACACCAACUUGCCACAAGCGGACAACACCAGACCUGAUUCUCCCGACCGGCCUUCGCCCGUCCCCCGCAGCGACUACUGGAAUAAUACAGUCAAACGAGGCAUUGAUCCCCGGCCUGUUUUGAACUUGUCCACCAAAGCGGCUGUGUAUAGCGGGAUCUUGUCCGUCGAUGUGGUCAAGCUUGACGUUCCCUGCGCCUCCAUCAACUGCACGUGGCCGUUGACCCCGACGCUCGCGGUCUGUGGCGAAUGCCACUCGAUGCAGGUUGAAGUCAUGUGCACCGACAAGUCACAAUCGUGUCUUUACAGUAUGGCCUCUGGGACGUCUCUCGACAUCGCCCAUGAUGCGUCGAGCAUAGAACGAUUCAAUGUCAAACCGUUGAAUGAGGCCAAUCGUCGUCGCAACUCAACCGACCGCACAUUUGUUUCCGUAUUCGACCUCCUCUGGGUGAAGAAGAAGAAGAAAAAUGGAAGACCCGCAGAGACCAUCGGCCAGGAGUGUGCACUUUGGUUCUGCAUGCAGACCUACAACAUCACAGUAGAGGAGAGCGACCUGAAGCAGACGGUUGACCACAAUUGGAGCACGACGCGCUUCGAGAAUGAGAACAACGCGCACGAAAGCGAAUACGUCUUCGUGGACGUACCGGCCAACAUGGAGGCCGACCAGUCUCGAUACAGUAUUACCAAGGACGCACUGUCGGCGCUGCAGAGUUUCUUCGACGGUGUUAUCGAAGGUACGUACGAGGGACGGGAUACCAUCAUCAACUUCUCAUCCGAAUGGGUCGAGGCAAUGUACAACGCCCGGGGGAACUUGGAUGAAUGGAUCGACCGACUCAGCACCAGUCUCACGAACGAAGUCAGACUCCACGGCGAAGACCGGGAGAAAAAUAGAACCCGUUACGCAGGCGCUGGGUAUACGAUUGAGCAAGUAAUCUACGUCGAUUGGAUGUAG